GUUGCAUGUGACGUAACGGAUGUUUUCUGACAGUGGUCUACUCAGUAGCCCAAGGUUUCUCUUAUUUAACAGGAAUUUUCUACCAAGAUGUCAAAGAAGUCCAAGAAGAAGAAGAAGCAGAAGAAGGAGACAGAUAAGUUAUCUUCUUCCUCCAGUGAGAAGUCGUCACAGAAGCAAAAGGGCACCAAGAAACGCAGCAGUGCAGAGGGGAAGCACCAUGGCAGCUGUUCUGCCGAGGAGAAACGGGGGAGAGAGAAAGGAGUUAGCCACUCCACCUCAGGGAAUAGUGCAGCAGGGAGCAGUGACAAGAAAGACCGGGAGUUCAAGAAAGCUCUCUACAGACAGGGGAAAACUACCUCACAAGGUGCAGCGGAGGGAAAAAACGCCGGUCCGCUUGGAACCCUUUCUCAGGACAGCUCUGUGAGGAAGAGUUGCCCCAGCCAGGAUGGGUUGGCUACCUCAGAGGUCAGGACCGCAGACAGAAUGUCCUCCAAACCAGUCAGCAGUCAGAGUGCGAAUAAGACCCAGUCCCAAAAUAUGGAGAAGAUCCAUACGUCCCAGGGAAGCUCCAGUAAGCCAUCCCAGGGAAGCUCCAGUAAGCCAUCCCAGGGAAGCUCCAGUAAGCCAUCCCAGGGAAGCUCCAGUAAGCCAUCCCAGGGACGCUCCAGUAAGCCAUCCCAGAAGAGCCCCUCCAAAACAGCCUCGAGCAGACUGCCGACGAGUCCCAGGUCCCUCAUGGCCCAGCUGAAGGAGCAGAGGAAGACGCUGGUGAAAAGGAGGUCCAGACCUGAGGAGAAGCCUGGCACUGGGAAGGACCACAUCUUCCAAGGUAGGAGCUCCCAGGAACCCCAGCUGUCCCUGUCACUGGCUGAGGAGAUGAGGGAGAAGAGGAGGAAGCUAGUGAAGAGGAGAUCUGAAGAAGAGAGGGAGGAUGUGUUAAAGGCUAAACGGGACCAGAGUGGAGCAAAACCCUACAGUCUUCCCUCUAACACCACCAUCAAGCAGUCUUCCACCUCUACUAAAAACACUACCUUUGAGAAAAUCUCAAACACAGCAAGACAUAGGCCUGCCACCCAAAAGCAGGAGAAUGUCUCUGAUCUGUCCAAAACAUCCAAGACAUCUAAGUCCACGUGUGCCAAGGUAGAGAUGCCACUACCCAAACCUCAGCUGCCUCUCAAUUUUAAGAUCCCAAAGAAGGCCAAACUUGUGCCACUGCCAGUUAAUAGUGCCAUCUGGGGGGGUGACCAGGAGGAUAGUAAUGACAAUAAGACCAUCAGUGCUCGAGCGAAGGAGGGGUCUCCUGCUUCUAGGCUUUCUCACCACACAGGGAGUGCGUCCAAACUUUGGACACCAAGGAGUGUGUCCAAACUUUGGACACCAAGGAGUGUGUCCAAACUUUGGACACCAAGGACUGUGUCCAAAUCUUUGGACUCAAAAGACGGUGUGUCGGCUGCUGUGAACAGAAACAAGCAGCACAAAUGUGAAACGGUUCCAGAAUCUUCCAAAGGUUCUAAAGAAUUACAGCCCAGUUCAGCUCAAGGGAUGACAUCACCACCCUGUAACAGAACAACAUCCCCUGAAGAUUAUAUAGAAGUCUAUGAUAAUGACCAAGAGAUGCAGCUGGUGGAGGAGCUCCAUCUGGCCCGCAGUGAGAAGAGGCUGGAGCUGAAUGUGGUUGAGAUCUAUGGAGAACUCACCAGCAUGGACAUCGACCCAUCAGAGGAGGGCGCCACAUUCACAUUCAGUAAGGAGGAGGAUCUUCAGCAGGAUCUGAUCGUUGUCCUGGACACCAACAUCCUUCUCAGUCACCUAGACUUCGUCAAGAAGAUAAGGUCACACGGCCUUGGAGCUCUAGGUCUCCCCACAGUGCUAGUACCCUGGGUGGUACUACAGGAGCUAGAUUCUCUGAAGAACAGGAAGAGGCUGUCCAGCUCUGUAGCCCACCUGGCCACACCUGCCGUUCAUUACAUCUACACCUGCCUGAAGAGCCAGGAGCCUCGGCUCUGGGGCCAGUCCAUGCAGCAGGCCUCUCAGAGCAGCCAGGGACUCAAUGUUGAGAAUAAUGACGACAGAGUGCUGCAGUGCUGCCUGCAAUACCAGAGUCUUUACCGAGAGGGCGCUCUCAUCCUCUGCACUAAUGAUAAGAACCUGUGUAGUAAGGCCCUGCUGAGUGGGGUGAAGGCCCUCAGUAAGGCUGACCUGGAGGAGGAGGUGGACAGGCUCAAAACGCCUGGUGUCCACAACCUGACCCCCGCCCCCACCCAACCCCACACACAGACCCCUAUCAGCACACAGACCCUCAUCCAGACCCGUGACCACCAGGAACCCAGCCCCUCCCCAGGCCGGCAGCAGAAUGAACAGAGGAGGAGUGACGGAGGGAAAGAGAGAGGAAUGGAAGAGGAGAAAAAGAAGGUUGCAGAAGAAGCCCGGGAGCUGAGCAGCUGCGUGUCAGUACUGGAGGACUGUCUGAAGGAGGCGCUGUCUCAGGUGCUGGAGGUUGAGAUGAAGGCAGCCUAUGAAGAACUGUGGACAGAGAUCGUAUAUCUGAAACCGCCCUGGACUCUUGAAGGCCUCCUGCAGUGUUUCAAGAAACACUGGAUCUCUGUCUUUGGGAAUAUCGUCCCUCGGAAUCUGCAGCAAUCCCUGGAAAACCUUCACAACUUCUUCUUCUCAGGUAAAUCAGUAGAGCGUACCUCUACGAUGCUGGCUCUGUAUGAGGCUAGAGAGCUGCUGCAGGCCUUCGGCUGCAGGUCAGACUACGGUGGGCAUGUCCGACCGGCCCUCUCCACGCUGAACUCCCUGCUGCAGAGGAUACUUCCUCAGCCAGGGAAAGUCUCAGAGGAGACCCACACCAGUGAUGGUGACACCCUCAUGGCGGAAGAGGAGGAGGAAGAGAAACAGACCACGCCUCCUCAGGUGUCACACCAGGAAGUGUGGGUGAUGUUUGAGAACAUCUGGAACAAUGUGUGUGGGAUCAGCUCUGCUGUGUUCGCUGCUCUCCGCUUUGACCCGGGCGCCAUAGAAACCAACAAGCCAGUAGAAGGUCCUCCCCUUCCCCAGGACGCCCUCUCCUGUCUGCACAGACUAUCUACUGCUGUCAGACAACUGCUACAGGCCUUUACCAGGGUUCUGUCAACAGACAGCUGUCUAGAAGAUGCCCAGGCUCUCCUCUCCUUUGUCCAUUCCAGUGAGAUUGCUGCCUUGGAGCCCAGGUUCACUGCCAAUGACCUGUUGGACUGUCUCUCACAGCAUGAGUACAGGGAGAAGCUGCGUGUGGGGGGGACCCAGUUGGCAGAGCUGAACGUCAGUCUGGAGCGCUGCGCUGAGGUCAUGUCCCGGCAGGUCACACCAAGCACCUGGCCCUGAUUGGACCACAACCAGGAAGUUUGGACGAGAACAUCCAACCAGAGGCCUCAAAUUGCAUCAUAUCACAACUCAACAACUUUACUUGAAGCCACUGUUUUCAUAUGGAGCUGACCUAUUUAAUUCAGGACCUUUUCUGACUGAAUUUAGUUUCUUGUGUGUGGAUGUUGGUUUAGAGCAGUGGUCACCAACCGGUUGAUCGCCAAGGCAUUCUUUGUCUCCAAACAUUGCUGUAAAAAACCCAAUGAUAAAUCCUUGCAUUCCUAUUGUUUUAUUUGUGGGCUGCUUCCCAAAAGCCCCAUAGGGCUCUGGUCAAAAGUAGUGCACUAUAUAGGGAAUAGGGUGUCUUUUGGGACACAUCCAUGAUGUUUCUGGUGCUUCCUACAGUAGCCAUUUUGGGCCUCCAUCUCCACACAAGAUUGUGUUAAUGGGGAUAUGGAUCUUCCAAAUGUUUUGUUAUCCUCACACAAACCAGGAUUCCAUCCAACCAUUUCAUGCAGAUGAAUUACCUGAAGCAUGAAAAAAGUAACUACCGGUCUGAUGGAAACAGGAUAUGCCAGACAAUUUGUUCGUUCGACAUGGUGGGAUCUUUUUGUUUCUGUAAAAUUAAUUAUGAGAGAAAUUGUGGUGGAAAU